AUGCACCUUUAUAAACCACCUCUCUCCACCUUCUCGCCCACAUUCAACAAGACCAAAAGCAAUUUCAAAAUCUUAAUUGCCGAUUCUCUCAUACAUUCUCUACCAGUUUUGUUAUCAAGAUGCAGAUCUUCGUGAAAACCCUAACAGGAAAGACUAUAACUCUCGAAGUCGAGAGCUCGGACACCAUAGACAAUGUCAAGGCUAAGAUUCAAGACAAGGAGGGCAUCCCUCCGGACCAGCAAAGGCUCAUCUUUGCGGGGAAACAGCUCGAGGAUGGGCGUACCUUGGCUGAUUACAACAUCCAGAAAGAGUCUACCCUCCACUUGGUGCUCCGUCUCAGGGGUGGGAUGCAGAUCUUUGUUAAAACCCUAACAGGAAAGACUAUAACUCUUGAGGUUGAGAGCUCGGACACCAUUGACAACGUCAAGGCCAAAAUCCAGGACAAAGAAGGCAUCCCUCCGGAUCAGCAGAGACUGAUCUUUGCUGGGAAGCAGCUUGAGGACGGCCGAACUUUAGCAGAUUACAAUAUCCAGAAAGAAUCUACCCUCCACUUAGUUCUGCGCUUGAGGGGUGGGAUGCAGAUUUUUGUCAAGACGCUCACGGGGAAGACAAUAACCCUUGAAGUAGAGAGCUCGGACACUAUCGAUAAUGUCAAGGCGAAGAUUCAGGACAAAGAAGGAAUCCCACCGGAUCAGCAGAGACUCAUCUUUGCUGGAAAGCAACUUGAGGAUGGACGCACCCUUGCUGAUUACAAUAUCCAGAAGGAGUCCACUUUGCAUUUGGUGCUCAGGCUCAGAGGCGGGAUGCAGAUUUUCGUGAGGACAUUGACUGGAAAAACCAUUACUUUGGAGGUGGAAAGCUCCGACACUAUUGAUAAUGUCAAGGCUAAGAUUCAGGACAAGGAGGGGAUACCACCCGAUCAACAAAGGUUGAUCUUUGCUGGAAAGCAGUUGGAAGAUGGUAGGACUCUGGCUGAUUACAAUAUCCAGAAAGAGUCUACCUUGCAUCUUGUCCUCCGUCUCCGUGGUGGUGAUUGUUGAUUUGAUCUAGAAGCCUAUUUGCUUUCAUGUUGGUUAUGGAUAAUAAAAUGUCACUUUAGUUAAAGUAAUAAUGAUGUGCUGAUUUGUUGCACAACUUUGUUCUGAUCAGUUACUAGAGUAUUAUCAUCAUUUUUAGUACUCCAUAAGAUCUUGUGUUUGUUCUUUUUGCCGCAUAUCUACCAAUAACUUUUCAAGUCCUUGAUACUACUGCAAGAAAUCGUUUUUAUGGGC